GUCACAUAAACACUUUCGUAUAAGGAACAGUCAUAAACCUACGAACCGGAAAGUUUUGCAAAAUAACUUGGAAAUCUAAAAGGAGUUGAGCGUUUUGUUAUCGAGUUUUUGUUUGGACAUUUCUGCGUUUGCAGAUUCUUUUUAUACCACAACUGGCAUUCUAAUUCAAGUCCGCGUCUACUAAAAGGCAACAUGUUUGAUACCGCAUUGGGAACAGUAUUGAGCGUUAUGGUGCAGUUGAUCUUCCUAGUAUUUGGCCAGAUCCUGGGACAAAUGGUCCAGCAUCCAUUGAUGACUACUGGACUUUGCCUGCUGGGAGCAUUUGCAUACCACGCGGAUCAGGAAUCACUGAAGGAGAUAUAUCAGCGUGUACUCGAUUUGAUUAGGACUCCACUGCAAUUUGGGAACUCAAGAAAUCUUAUUCCAGCAUACGGUUACGACAUGCAACAUGGUCCGCAUACCUGGCUGCCAAAGUCCAGGUCAUCUGCCAGUUCUGUGGAGGAAACGACUUUCUUCCAGAGCCCAGUCAACAUCGAUGAAACUCAAAUUCAACGCAUGGCCAUAAGGGAGCUCCUGAGCUGGAACCACUAUGAUGAUCUGCCCGCCAGCAUCACGUUGGAGAAUACGGGUCAGACACUUAUCCUCCGUGCCCAGUUUCACGGUAAUGCACCCACUAUCAGUGGAGCUGAUCUCCUGGCCAGCUAUACGUUUCUGGAACUGCGCUUCCACUGGGGCUGGUGCAACAGCGAGGGAUCCGAGCAUACGAUCAACCACCGAAAGUUCCCACUUGAGGUGCAGGUGAUGCACAAAACGGGAUCGGGUAUUCCCCGGGCUUGCACCAGCAGCUAUGACCUCCUGAUGAUCGGAUACGUCUUUGAGCUAUCCGCCCACAAUCCGUUCCUGGAUCCCCUGGUGCAGAAUUUGCGAUUGGUUCAGAUGCCUGGAAAGCGUGUCCAGAUUUCCCCGUUUCCCAUAUCCUACUUGAUGUAUCAAUUUCGAUCUGGAUUCUAUUCCUACGGCGGUUCGCUGACCCAUCCGCCCUGUUACCAAGGCACCGAAUGGUUCAUCUUUCCCGAAUCCCUAGCCAUUAGCGACUUUCAGCUGCGUCACUUUCGUUUGCUCCUCGGUCCGGAUGGGAUCUCGCCCAUAGCCCGUAACAGCCGCCCAGUUCAGCACAUGGGCAAUCGGGUCGUAAGCCUAAACUGCUUCUGCCCAUAUGAUGCCGCCCAGUUGUCCAGAAUGCAUGUGGAGCUUUGCCAGGCGCAAGCUCAGGAGGAGCACGACGAGGACCGUAUCGAACAGGAGCAGCAAUUGGAACUGGAGCGCGAACUGGAGCGUCAACGGGAGUGCGACUUGAAAGCUCAGCAGGAGCAAGCUAGCGAGGCGGCCAUUGCUGCUUCCGAGGACGAAGGUCAGAUAGUUGAGACCAUAGAUACAACUACCAUAAUAACUAGUAGCAGCAACACUAGCAUAUGCAUGACUACGCUGAUGCGGAAGGAUUCGCCCAGGCAACUGGAACAGCCACCUCAGAUGCAUAUGAUGGCUCCCAAUCAUGGUAACUUUUGCAAUCCUGGCAUUGUGAUUUUCAGCGGUGUCAAUGAAUCCAAGUCCAAGUGCGGCAUCCAACAGGAUACACCGGAGGAGCUAAUGAUCCAUAACAGAGGAGUGGGAAUGAAUAUGGGUGGACAGAAUGGCUGCAAGGCCGAUGCCUUUUGCGGCGUGGGCGAUGGCGUCAACAUCGGGAUUCGGAUGGAGAUGGUUGAGUAGCUGACAUGCUAUUAUCAACCAUUAUGUCAUCCAUAGACACUCCAUUUGUGGUCCAUGCUGCACGAAGAACCGGUGGGGCUAGAUGAUGGACAUGGAACUCCGGUUAAGGCCAACUGGCGGCCAACUUGUGUUCUCUGGGUGCCCGGAAGUGAUUGAAUCGCGUGCGCGUGGAUUAAACAAGUUGCGUUUAUAUUUUCUAAAGCAUAA